UGCACGCCGCCAUGGACGCGCGCGCCACCACCCGCCUGCGGACCAUCCUGGGCCACCUCGGCCGCCCCGAGGCCCGGGACGUCGUAUCCUUGGACGUCGUAGCACACCCCACUUCUGGGACUGUUUCUCCCACCAGUUUCCAUCCUCAACAAUUCCAGUUUACUUUGGAUAACAGCAUCCUAAGCCUGGAGCAGAGACAAUUUUAUGAAGAAAAUGGUUUUCUUGUCAUUAAAAAUCUGGUAUCUGAUGAGGAUAUCCAGCGCUUCAGGGAUGAAUUUGAAAAAAUCUGUAGGAAAGAAGUGAAGCAGGAUGGAUUGAUAGUAAUGAAGGACGUGUCCAUUUCAAAGUUGCAACUUGGUCUAAGUGAGAAAGUGGUCACCAAGAUUCAGGAUUUCCAGGAAGACCCGGAGCUCUUCAGAUACUGCACACUUCCCCAGAUCCUGAAGUAUGUGGAGUGUUUCACUGGACCCAAUAUUAUGGCCAUGCACACCAUGCUGAUAAACAAGCCGCCUGAUACUGGCAAGAAGACAUCCCGGCAUCCCUUGCACCAGGAUCUGCACUACUUCCCCUUCAGGCCCAGCAAUCACAUUGUUUGUGCGUGGACCGCCAUGGAGCAUAUUGACCGGAACAACGGUUGUCUGGUUGUGCUUCCAGGCACCCACAAAGGCUCCCUGAAACCCCAUGAUUACCCGAAGUGGGAGGGAGGGGUUAACAAAAUGUACCAUGGGAUCCAGGACUACGAUGAGAACAGUGCCCGAGUGCACCUCGUGAUGGAGAAGGGAGACACUGUUUUCUUUCACCCCUUGCUCAUCCAUGGAUCUGGACGGAACAAAACUCAAGGGUUCCGGAAGGCAAUUUCCUGCCACUUUGCCAGCUCCAACUGCCACUACAUCGAUGUGAAGGGCACCAGUCAAGAAAACAUCGAGAAAGAAGUCGUGGAGAUUGCAGCUAAGUUUUAUGGAACUCCAAGUAACAUCAGCCUUAAGGAUAUUUGGACAUUUCGGUCCCGGCUUGUGAAAGGAGAAAGAAUCAACCUUUGAAAACAGCCCUACCAUGUCACUUUGUCAGAGGAAAUCAAAGCAAGCCAAGGAAUCCAAGGGAAAUGCUUUCUCAUUGGAGUGAUGUUAUCUUGUCUCUCACUUGGUAAAGAAUGUAGGAACCAUGUGCUGGGGACGGGUGUGGAGUUAAUUUUGCAUUGCAGUUUUAUUGCUUUAAUGGAGGUGAAAUGAUGUGGCUAAAUAUUAUUCUGAGAAAAACUAACUGGGUUCAACUAAUAAAAGUGAUGGGUGUAUA